UCAUCAGUAGCCAACUUCUGGGUUUUGCCAGCAUUAUUUAUGGCUUCCAUCUACUAGUAGUUUCUUUCUCUUUGUACCCUCCCCUCUAACUCUAUUCCUCAUCCACUACUUUUUCUUUCUCACUUAAUUUCUCCUUCACGUAAUUGUUACUAUAAUUAGAGCUCCGCUUUCUACUUUCAUCGUUUGUUUGUCCAUCUUCUAGUUCUUUCAUGGAUAACUUCAGCUUCAUCCUCGGCAUAAUUGGGAAUGUCAUCUCCAUACUUAUGUUCGCUGCUCCAAUAAAAACAUUCAAAAGGAUAAUCAAUAAGAAAUCAACAGAAGAUUUUAAAGGGAUACCAUACAUCACAACAUUACUGAGCACAAGUUUGUGGGCAUUUUAUGGGUUGCUCAAGCCUGGAGGUUUGCUAGUGGUCACAGUCAAUGGUAGUGGUGCCUUCUUUCACAUCAUAUAUGUCACUCUCUUUCUUAUCUAUGCCCCCAAAUCUCUUAAGAUUCAGUCAAUUAAACUGGUGGCAAUAAUAGAUAUAGCUUUCCUUGGGGUGGUAAUAGCAAUCACUUUACUUGCCGUGCAUGGAACCACUCGCUUGACAUUAGUCGGACUUUUAUGUGCUGGUUUGAAUAUUGGCAUGUAUGCAUCUCCUCUAGCAGCUACGAAAACUGUGAUAAAGAUGAAGAGUGUGGAGUACAUGCCAUUUUUCCUUUCCUUCUUCCAGUUCCUUAACGGAGGGGUAUGGACCGGUUAUGCAGUCCUUGUCAAAGAUUAUUAUAUUGGGGUGCCAAAUGGGAUAGGCUUCAUAUUGGGUGCGGCCCAACUAAUUCUAUACUUCAUCUACUACAAGUCCACCCCAACCCAAUCCACAGAGGAAAAUGAAGAAAAAGGCUCAAGCAACUUAGUAACAAGAGGAAUCUACAUGAAAGAUAUUGAUGAAGCCCAUGAGAAUGGCAAUAGUGGAAAUCUCCAAAAAGGGAAAAGCCUUCCCAAGCCAUAUUUAGUUCGUCAAUAUAGUGAGAAACUAGUGAAAACUCUCUCUAUUAGCCCAUCUUCUUUGAGCUCAUACAAUGAAGAUGAUAUUGAGAAAGGCCUCAAAGAUGCCCACUAAAUUUCUGAAUUUUAGAACGUCGUUCAUCCACGAUAAAGGCCCAAAAAAUAAUUUUUUUUCUUGUUGGGCCUUUAUGUAUAAGAUUGUGUAGUAAUAGCUGAAGCUCUAAAAUUGAGCUCCUCUUUUGUGUGCCUUGAAAGAAGAUUAUAUACAAUAAAUUUUGAUGUCUA